AUGUACCGAUAAUACGAUUUCACUUACUCUCCAUCAAAGUCAUCGAAUACCAUAGACGAUAUGGAGCAAAGACUUAAUGCUGUUAUUAAUGCAAAUGAAAAAUUGACUUUACUGUUAAAAGAGAAAAUUUAAGAGAAUGAUUAGUUGAAGGAAAAUGUUGAUAUUCUAUAUAAUAAUAAUCAAGAAUUAUCCGAAAUCAAUAUAGAACUCUGCGAUUAAAUCAAAAAGUGCAAAAAUUAAAGAUGUGCUUCUCUUCAUUAGAAAAAUCCCAUAGAAAUGGAGAAAGAACUCUAAAAACUAAAGGAAAUUAUAGUUUAAAAGGAUAGAGAACUAAUUAAUUAUUAGCAUCACUUUGAAGAAGAGUUGCAGUUAGAAAUAACAUCAAAAGACUAUAUUGAUAAAAUCAAAGGGUUAGAAGAUCAAAAUUAAUAAUUGAUCCAUGAAUUAGACUUGGUCACUAAAAAGUUAAUAGAGAGCCAAAGAGGAUCAUUGACUAACCAUGAGAACAAUCAAUUAGCAUUAUAAUAUGAAUCAAUAAUUGAGGAUUUGCAAUAGAAAAUAGAAUAGAUGAAUAAGUUUUUGUGUUAGAAGGGCGAUGAUUCAUCGUAAAAUCAUAAUAAAUAGUUCUUGAUUCAAAUGGAAUAGUUGUAAGUAGAGAAGAUAACUCAAUCACUAUAAUUAGAAGAAUAGAAGAAAAAAAUCAAUAAAUUAAUUUAAGAGUUGGAAGAGAAGAAUAUUAUGAUUGAUUAAUUGAAGAAAAAUUAUAGUCUUAAUACAUCUAAAAACGAGAUUAUGCAAAAAUAAAAUAUGCUUUAAAAUAAACAAAAAUACAUUAAAAUAGAAGAAAAUGUAUUAGAAUUGAGUGAUGACAUAGAGACGACUAUUAAGAGAAAAUAUAUUUCAUCAGGAAAAGGCUUUAUGGAAUAAAAGAGUCCUCGUUCUUAAAUUUCAGAUUAAGACUCCUAUAUAUAUUUAUAUGAAAAAUUAUAGUAGGACAUGUAAAUCAAGGAAAAAUAAUAUAAUGAACUCCUUGUUAAAAAAUAAAUAGCUGAUAAUGAAAUUCUAAAGCUAAUGAAUUUAAUGAAGGAUUUAGAGUACUCAAAUUAAGAAAAAUAGAUAUUAAUUGAACAAUAUGAUAAUGAAAUUAAAUCACAUCAUCGAAAUAUUAGGAAGAAGGAAUCUGAACAUAAAAAAAAUAUAAUUAGAUAAUAAGACGACAUACAAAUUUAUGAAGAUAAAUUAAACGCUUUAGAGAAUCUCAAGAAUGAGGAACUCAAAAUUUAUGAAUAAUAAAUUUCGUAAACUCAAAAUUAACUGAAAUAGAAAGAAUUAGAACUUAAAAAGUUGUAAGAUUUAGUUAAAGAUAAGAAUAAGUUAUAAAAUAAUUUACAAUCCCUUAUUGAAGAGAAGAAAGAAAUAUAAUAAAAUUUGGAAUAGAAAGAUUAGAAGGAAGAAGAUUUGAAAGCUAAGAUUAUACUGCUUUAACAGUAACUAAAAACUAAGGAGAUCGAAAAUAAAAAUUUAAGGGAUAAAGGUUAAAAUUAAAAUAAAAUUUAUGACUUAGAGAGUUAGAUAAUCUAGUUAAAAUUAGAAUUGGAAUAAAAUCUAAUUAAUGCAGAAGUAUAAGCUGAAAUCAUUUAAAAAAAUGAAUAAUAAAUGAAAAUGAAAGAAUUUCAUAUAAACAAACUAUCAGAUCAAUUAAAAGAUGCUAGCAACAAAUAAAAAGAAUUAAUAACAGAAAGAGAACUAGAAAAUUAGAGAAACUAUUAAUAAAUAGAUGAACAAAAUGAUUUAUUAAGAAAAUAAGAAUACGAAAUAAAAAGAUUGCAAAAUUUAAUAUCUUCAAAACCCUUAGAGAAAACUUUGAACAUUUAAUCAGAAAAUCUAGUCUUAAAAGAAUAAAUAGAUGAAUUGAUCAAUUAAUAAGCAAAAUUAGAAUAAUAAGUAAUGAUAUUGGAAACAUAAUUGAAAGGAAAAGAUCAAGAAAUAAUUAUCACAAGCUAAAAACAAAUAUUAUCAAAUGCAGAACUAUAGACGAAUAUGAGAAAAUAAGAGGCUGAUUUAAAUGGUAAACUAAUAGAAAAGGAAUAGAUAAUUCAAGGACUAUUAAAAUAAGCAUAAACAUUAAAAUAAGAGAAUGAACAAUUGAAUUAGAGAAUAAGUACUUCAUCUCAUACGAUAUAAAAUUUAGAAUCUAAAUAUGCUUAAUUAGAAUAAAAGGAAUAGUAGUAAUUGGAAUCUCAUAGACAAGAAAUAUAAAAGAAAAUUGAAUAAAUUCCACUAAGUGAUGAUGGUACUACUUUAAGCGAGUUAAAUUCUUAUCGUAUGGAUGAGUUAAAAACAUUUGCAAAUUAGUUGGAAUCAUAAAAUAAAUAAGAUUUAAUAUAAUAAAUUUUAGAUUAAAAAAUUGAAUUAAUUUAGAAAAAUGAUUAGUUCAACAAUUAGGUUCAAACAAUAGAAGAGUUAAAAUAAUAGAUCAAAGCUAAUGAAGAAGAAAUUGAAAAUCUCGGUGACCUUUUAGAAGUGAAAGAGAAACAAUUAGUUGAAUUAAAGAGUUAGAAACAAUAGAUGGAAUCUCUUGAAAAUUAAUUGAAAGUUAAAGAAUAAAAUCUCAAAAAAGCAUAAGAAGAAAAUAAAGAAUUGUAAUAAUAAAAAUAAUUGGCUGUUUAAUAAAAGAAAUAAAAUGAAACAUAAUAAUAAGAAUCCAAAAAAUUAUAAGAUACCAUCAUUAAUUAGGAGUAAUUAAUGAAAGCGAAAGAUGAGAAUUUGAAAAAGUUGUAAGAUUAACUUAGAGAAUUGAACAAGAAAAAUGAAUAAUUUUCAAGAGAAUCAAAUUAGAAUAAAACCUUGAAAGAAGAAGUUGAAAAGCUUAAGACUGCUCUGAAUUAGAAGGAAGAAGAACAGAAGAAUUUAUAGAAUUAAAUUGGCAAUCAAAAGAAAUAAGAAGAACAAAUCAAAAAACUAUAAUAACAAAUUGAAAAAGAAACAAAAACUAAAAAAGAAGAAAUCGAAAAAUUAUAGAUUGAACUUAAUUAAUCAAAUUAAGAGUUAAAGCAAACUUAAUAAUUAAAUUAGAAUUAUAAGAAAUUAGAGGAUUAAGUGAAAAAGCUUCAAUAACAAUUAGAUUCGUAAUCUGAAAAAAGCAAGAAACAGCAAUAUGAUUCGGAAAAGAAAGAGUAGGAUUUAAAAAAGCAAUUAAAAGAGACAAAUGAAUAAUUAUCAGAAUGGGAAUAAAAUGAUCUUUCCAAGGAUUAAUAAAUAGAAAAGCUUAAUAAAUAAAUAGAGGAACUUAAGAAGAAGGAUACAAUAUUAUAAAAAUAAGGAAAAAUUGUUAAGGAACUUUAAGAAUAGUUAAAAUAAUCAGAAAAGGUUAAUAUUGAAUUGCAAAAGGAAAAGGAGAAUAAAGAGGCUGAAAUUAAUUGUUAAAAAGAGAACUUAGAAUAAGAAAUUAAAGAAUUAAAGGAACAGAUAACAAAGUUAUAAAAACUGAAUGGUGAACUUUUUAUUUAUGAGAAUAUCAUAUAAGUAGAUGUACGUAAGAUGUAAGAACUUUAGAAAAAGAUUGAAUGCUUAGAAAAUUGUUACUCAUAAUAAGGCUCAAAAUAAAAUAUAGACACAAAAAGCUAAGGAGUGACUCCAAGAAAAUAAACUAGAGGAAAUUCUGCUAUGAGAUAAACUGAGGAUUAGAUUUCCUAAAUGUCCUUUGAAUAAUUAUAGUUGCAUGCUAAAAAAUUAGAGUCAAUUAUAAAAGAUGCAGGAUUAAGUAAUAAAAUAAACUGAUACCUAUAUAUAUAUAUAUUUAUAAGUAUGACUCCAUUA